AUGCUGCGCUCUAUAGAGCAGUACUUACGGUCAACUGUAUUGCCAGAGUCUGUUAUGGAUAAUGUUGAACGCAUUGCAAACCGGAUUGUUGUAUCGGUACUGAAGAAUGGGCCGAUUCCGCAUCACAUGGCGUUUAUCAUGGACGGUAAUAGGAGAUACGCCAAAAAAGGUGCCAUGGCUAAAAUAGAGGGGCACGCGCUCGGCUUUAAUACACUGAAAAAGCCGGAUUGA